AAAUAUGGCCGCCCGAGGAGCUCUAUGGUGGACGACGUGCCCGGCACAAAGAUGGCCGCCCGACAGUUCAGUUGUGCUAGGAGGUGAAAGGUGAAAGGUGAUAACGGCGGGGGCCUGGUUCUAGGAAGAUGGCAGAGAGCGAGCGGCAGACAGGCUCUCCUGAGGAGGCAACUCCUCCCCUCUGCCAGAGCUUCAUGAUCCCCAAAAAGGAAAUACACAUGGUACCCGACAUGGCCAAGUGGAAACGCUCUCAGGCGUAUGCAGACUACAUAGGCUUCAUCCUCACCCUGAACGAAGGUGUCAAGGGCAAGAAGCUGACCUGUGAAUACAAAGUAUCUGAGCCAAUUGAAAAGCUGGUGGGGCUCCUGGAUACCCUCGACAGGUGGAUUGAUGAGACCCCGCCAGUGAACCAGCCCUCUCGCUUUGGGAAUAAGGCCUUCAGGACUUGGUACGCCAAACUAGACCAGGAAGCAGAAAACUUGGUUAAAACAGUGAUCCCCGAGCAUCUGGCUGAAGCUGCACCAGAGAUAGCCCUAUACCUGAAGGAAUCCGUGGGGAACUCCACCCGCAUCGACUAUGGGACAGGUCACGAAGCAGCAUUCGCUGCCUUCCUCUGUUGCCUGUGCAAAAUUGGUGUUCUCAGGGUGGACGAUCAGCUGGCCAUUGUCUUCAAAGUGUUUAACAGGUACCUGGAGGUGAUGCGGAAACUCCAGAAAACUUACAGGAUGGAACCAGCUGGUAGCCAGGGAGUUUGGGGCCUGGAUGACUUCCAGUUUCUGCCCUUCAUAUGGGGCAGUUCCCAACUGAUAGAACACCCAAACCUGGAACCCCGGCACUUUGUUGACGAGAAGGUGGUGAAUGAAAACCAUAAGGACUACAUGUUCCUGGAGUGCAUCCUGUUCAUUACAGAGAUGAAGACUGGCCCUUUCGCUGAACACUCCAACCAGCUGUGGAACAUCAGUGCUGUACCUUCCUGGUCCAAAGUGAACCAGGGCCUUGUCCGCAUGUACAAGGCAGAGUGCCUGGAGAAGUUUCCUGUGAUCCAGCACUUUAAGUUUGGCAGCCUGCUUCCUAUCCAGCCUGUCACAUCUUAA